AUGUUAAUAGAGGUAAUUUUAGGGUUGUUCAUCGUAUUAUUUUACUUUUUGGUUAUCAAACCACUUGUUCCUAUGAUAAAACUAAAAUUAUAAUUUGGAAAUGAUUGUUUGAUGAAAUAUCACUUUUUUGGAGGAGAACUAUGGUAGUAAUUAAAAGAAAUGAAAAUAAGCAAAGAUUUAAUAAAAAGACCUAGAGACUUAUAUAUAAAUCAUCCAUAUAAAAUAUUUGUAUCAAAUUUUCUUUGGAAAAUAAAAAUAUCUGUUGCUGAUCCAGAAUAUUAUAAGGUUAUGUUACAUAAUCAUUAAUAUUACAGUAAAGUUAAUAAUAUAAACCAUGAGUAAGUAUUAAAUAACAUAUUUUUAGUAAUUUGAUUUAAAAAGGUUUAGUUUUUUCUAUGGGGGAAAAAUGGAAAUCAUAAAGAACAGUCUUAAGCGAAUCAUUUGAAUAUGAUUAACUCAAAAGUCGAUUACCCAUGAUAAAUGAAGUUUGCCUUGAAAAAAUUAAUUAAAUUUGUGGGGAUAAUGUUUUAGAAUUCCUCGAACUAAUAACAGGUUAAGUAGUUAUUCGAAGCUUUUUUGGAAAUUCGGCUGAGGGAAUAAAAAUUAAUAAGAAAUAAAUCUAAAUAGAAAUUGCAGAUUUAUUAAAUGAUAUGGGUGAAUUGAGAUUGAAAUCAAAAUAUUUCUUCAUUAAAAGAUUCUUUUUAGGUACUAAAGGAUGGAAAUUCUUUCCUACUAAAAUCGAAAAAGAAUUAUUAUAACGAGUCUAUGAGGUCAGAUUAACCAUAGAAAAAUUAAUACAAAAAAGAAUUGUCGAAAUAGAGAUAAAAAUGGAUGAAAAUGAGAAUGAUGUAAAACAAAGAGAUCCUGAUUUUUUAGAUGUUCUUAUUAAAGAAUAUUUAAAAUAAAAAUAGAAAGGUGUUUAAAAAAUAACAAUUGAUGAUAUUCUAUAAUAGUUUAUCACACUAUUUUUUGCAGGUACAGAUACAACAGCAGUUUUAAGUUAUCAUUGUCUAUAUUUUUUGGCAUUAUAUCCGGAAAUUUAAUAAGAAAUAAGAGAAGAAGUAAUGACAGUUUGUAAAAAUGAAAUGGUAUUAGAUGAUAAGAUCAAAAAAUUACAUAAAUUAACUGCUUUUAUAAAUGAAGUAUUAAGAGUUAAGAAUCCAGCAUUAAGAUUAUUGUUGAGAAAUUGUGAUUAGACUCAUUAAGUUAAAGAUUUAACAAUAAAAAAAGGUAUCUAUAUUAAAUAAACAUUUAGGAUGGAAUGUCAUUGUUGAUUAUUAAUUUUAAUGCUUCCUUUCUAAGCAUUUUUCGAAUCCAGAAAAUUUUGAUUAUAAAAGAUGGUUAGAAGCUGAACCAAUAAAAGAAAAUCAUUAAUUUGUAUAUCUACCGUUUUCUGCAGGACCAAGAAAUUGCAUUGGAUAACAUAUGGCUUAAAUGGAAGCCAAAAUUAUUUUAUCCCAAAUUCUUAGACAGUUUUAGAUCAAUAUUAAUCCAAAUGUUGAUCCAAGAUGGACUGCUAGAUUUCUAUAUUAAUUAUAACCUGGUAAUUGUGUUCAAUUAUAAAAGUUAUGA